CUGUCCAUAACUUUUUGAGUUAUGUUGCACACUAACGGACAGACAAACAAACAAACAAACAAACAAACCCUGGCAAAAACAUAACCUCCUUGGCGGAGGUAACUAGACCUUCAAGUAAAGAGUUACCACAUUGUUAAUUCAUUUAUUGUGAUGCAAAAGCUGCUUUUGUCUCUGGCGUUUAUCAUUCUCAGCUAAAAAAAAAUAAAUAAAUAAUUGUGAGGCUAUUUAACUUAAUUUUGUAUAUUUCUACAUUGUAAAAGGAUUUUACUACUAUUUUAUUUGUUUAUUUAUUGUGUUAUCAUUAAAAAUCUGUAAUGUGGAAGUUGUCACAAUUGUCAAAAUGUUUACGUGACAAUAAUAAUGAUUCAGUCCAUUUCAGUUCAGUUUAUUUUAAGUAUGCAACAAAGCAAACAAAGCAAUCCUACCUUAGUGCCUGGAAAUAAAACAGAUUUCAAGAAAACAUGAAAACAUACAUAUAUAUGAAAAAAAAAAAAAAUACAACAACUUUAUUCACAUAUUUGAAAAAGAAGGAGAAAGUAUAAAAAUGUUAUAACAACAGCAACAAUAACAAUAACAAUUUUUUAAAAAAUGAUAAUAAUAAUAAUAAUAAUAAUAAUAAUAAUAAUAACAAUAAUCGGUCAACAUCAUACCAUACAAUGAAUCUAUAGAAUGUAUCUAUGGUUUGUUGUUUAAUUUUCUGUGAAAGUGGCUCAGUAAAAAUGAUAAAUGAAACAAAAUGAAGAAAAGUCUUUGGUAGUAUGUAAAUGGAAGACCAGAUACAGUAUGUUCAGUCCUCGUGUUAAUUAAAGUUAGUUAAAUAGUUACAGUUACAUGCAUCUGUGCAAAUACUACUGCUACUUAAAAUGUGUGUCCACAUCAGUAAACCUGGUUUUUAGUCACAUAUUAACUGUUUUUCUUCCUCUGUGUAACUGUUGCAGCUUACUCCAGUAAUGGAAUCAUUUCCUUUUGGUUCAUAUGAAAAUGGGUCUUUAGAUGUAAUUUACAUUGCUGUUAAAAAGGUGAAAAGUGAUGAAAUUAACUCUCAUUAGCCGUCUCAGUUACCAUCUGCAGUCUCUCUUUCUGGCAGCGCAGAAGGUUCAUUAAAUGUCUCUAUGGGAUUUUGUGUGAGUAAACUCUGGAGAAAUGAUGUGAGCUGGGUUUAGAACAGCUUGAAGCCUGUUGUUCCCAGCAGGUUUAGUUGUGCAGGUGUGUUGACUGGGAGUGUCGCUGUUGCUUGGUGAUUAUUAGUAACAUCACCACACAUGUUGUUCAUCUGCUCAUUCACUUCUGCUCCCUUUGAAUGGAAACAUGCCUUACAUAAUGCAUCUUCAAUUCAUAUUUUUUUUUAGGCAUUUUGCUUUUAUUCAGCUGAUGUCUAAGUCAUUGAAACAUCCCCCUGCCUCUCUUUAUCUCUGAAGCUUUGGGAAAUGUUGACGAUUUUUUUUUUUCUUACCUUUGGACUUACAAACAAAGACAGAACUAUUGUCUGUCGGUCAGAGCAACAUGUCUGGUUAUGUAUUUAGAAGAGAUGCAAAGCAAAAGUUAUAAACUUUAAAUUCAGCGAAGGAUCCCAUUGGAUACUGAGAUGAUUUCUGAAGGAGCGACUGAUGUGGAAUGACGCCAUGGCACUAGGACACGGCUCGAAGAAGUCUACGAACUGUGACCAGUUAGGCACACCUGCCUCUCUGAGUAAUGGGGUCAGUACGUUCACAUUAAAAUAUAUGUUGAAUGAGAUCUCACACUGGUAUGUUCAGUUUGGAUUCACCUUUGGAGUGUCCUCAUGUUCUCUGUUUGAGAAGACUCGGUUGGGCAAGUUAAUCCUGACCUUCUUCAUCACCAUCACCAUCCUCCUCAUAGUUGCAGGGGCCACGCUGGCCUGGUACUUCCUGGAGCACAGGGUUUGGAAGUUGGAGCCUCGUAUCCAGCAGCAGUACACCGCCUACAUGUCCAUCCUCAACAGGAACUUCUCCACUGAUCUGUCCUCUCACACCAGUCGGGCGUUCAGGAAAGAGGCCAAGGGAGUUCAGGACAUGGUAAAGAAGAUAAUGAUGUGCUCCAGUCUGUCUCGAUAUCUGAACUACACCACUGUGUUUGCCUUUGGGGAGGGGAGUGUCGUGGCUCACUUCUGGAUAGUUCUUUCUGUCCCCAGCAGCCAUGUUCAGAUGGUGACACUGGGCAAAGUCACAGAGAGUCUGGAGGAGGGUUUUAGGAGCUACCGGGGGUCUGAGGAGGAGACGGCCAACGUCGACGGAUACCUCCUCUACCUCCCCUCACUGUCUGUUAGUGAAACUGACACCAAAGUCAUAGAUCUUUUGAAAUCCUCAUUUGACUGUUACCGUUACCAGAAGGUGGUGUCCAGCAGGGCGGUGACCCUCCGUGGCCCCAGCAUGCAGCGGGCCUCCUGCCUUUGGCACCUGCAGGCGACUCCGGGCUCCCAGCUGGAGCUCCACAUGGAGUGGAUGCUGCCCGAGUGUCGGGACCGGCUGCUGGUGUAUGACUCGCUCACCCCCUCAGACUUUCACCUCAUCACUUCAGUUUAUGGCUGCAGCAAACAUGAACGUGUUGUACGCAUCCUGUCAUCAGGCGAAUGGAUGACGGUUGUUUGGAAAAAGGGUCUGUACAGCUAUGAAGACCCCUUCUCUCUCUCUGCACAGGCCUGGGAUCACCAGGAUUGUAAUUCAACUAUAGAGUUAAAGGAAGCACUAGGCAUCCAGGGGACAUUGAGGACACCUUUCUUCCCGAGCUACUACCCCCCAAACACCAACUGCACCUGGACUUUUAUAAUGCCUGAUGCACUGAUGGGUUUGUGCCUGGAGUUUGAGGGCUAUGAGCUGAGUAGAGCCACCUAUAACCAGGCCUGCACCCAAGGACAGUGGAUCGUCCAGAACCGCAGACUAUGUGGAACCAGGAGCCUGCAGCCGUACAGUGAGCGCGUCUUCCUGAUUUCCACCAUCACCACCGUUGUCAUGACGUCGGAGGUGUCACUCACAGGGCCGGGGCUCCAGCUGCAAUACAGCAUCUUCAACUUGACAGAUCCAUGCCCAGGGCAGUUUUUGUGCACUGUGAAUGGAAUGUGUGUUCCUGCCUGUGAUGGAAUCAAGGACUGUCCCAAUGGACUCGAUGAGAGGAACUGUGUGUGUGUUGCCCAGUUCCAGUGUCCAGAAGACAGUCAGUGUGUUGACUACUACAAAGUGUGCGACCAACACCCAGACUGUCCCGAAGCCUCAGAUGAGAUGAACUGCACCAAAGGUGUCCACUGUACUGAUAUGACAUACGUUUGUGCUGAUGGAACGUGUUUGAAAAAGCCAAACCCAGAGUGCGACUCCAUCACUGACUGCCCUGAUGCCUCAGAUGAGAAACAAUGUGACUGUGGCCUGAGGCAGUUCUCCAGCCGAAUUGUGGGAGGGACCAACGCCUCAGAGGGGGAGUGGCCGUGGCAGGUCAGCUUACAGGUCAAGGGUCAACACAUGUGUGGGGGCUCACUGAUCUCCAGCCAGUGGGUGGUGUCCGCUGCGCACUGUUUCUAUGACGACCGUCUGUAUUCACCUACGAUGUGGAUGGUGUAUCUGGGAAAAGUCCUGCUGAACCGUAGCAGCCCCACAGAGGAGGUGGCCCGUGUGCAGAGAAUCCACCUCCACCACUACUAUGAUGACGAGUCCCAUGACUAUGAUCUGGCUCUGCUCAAAUUGGACCGGCCCGCCUCGGCCGUGCUGGCUGGCCACGCCCGGCCCGCCUGCCUGCCCCCACCCACCCACCAGCUGGAGCCAGGCCUGCUCUGCUGGGUCACUGGGUGGGGAGCGCUCCAGGAAGGAGGCAGAGCCAGUAACGUUCUUCGGAAGGUGGAUGUUCGCCUGGUAAGUGAGGAGGACUGCAUUCGGUCCUAUGGGCGCUUGGUCACUCCCAGAAUGCUUUGCGCUGGUUACCGGACUGGAAAAAAGGAUGCCUGUCAGGGGGACUCGGGGGGGCCCUUGGUCUGCCAGGAGCCGUCAGGUCGCUGGUUCCUGGCCGGGGUCGUGAGCUGGGGUCACGGCUGUGGACGUCCAGACUACUAUGGGGUCUACACUCGCAUCACCAGGCUGACAAACUGGAUCAAGCAGGUCAUCGAUGGCUCCUGACU